AUAGUAAACAUUGAGCGAUGGAAACGUUUUGACGAAUACUUGCAUCGAAACUUGUUUCCCAGCUUACCCACCUGUUUCAGCAGAGUACGGUUCGGUACAUAGAGAAGUGAGAUUGUGUGUAUCACGUAAAGCGGUGCGUUUUGAUCGGGAACGAAGGCAUGCAUGUAAUCGCGAUCGCUAUCAGGUGAUAAGGUAUCGGAUCAUGGUGUCGGUUCCAAAAUCCACUUCGUACCCCCAGUUUUAGAUAAACGCGCGGCCGUGUCGAUUAUACUUGCGAGAUGUUCAAGAAGUACAAGAACAAGCCGACGUUGGAGCCCUUCAACAACAACAACGACCACAACCACGUAAACGCAGCUCAUCAUGGGCCCGUGAGUCCUGCUACUCCUGUCACCAAGUCCUUGCUGCAGUUCCAUUGUCAGCUGGCCCAUGGCAGCCCGACCGCCUUCGUGUCAGGAUUUUCUAAUGUCAAGGAGCUGUACCAGAAGAUCGCGGAAUGUUUUGAAUUCCCGCCGUCAGAUAUACUUUUCUGUACACUGAACACACACAAGACAGACAUGAAAAAGCUAUUAGGAGGACAAAUAGGAUUGGAAGAUUUCAUAUUUGCACACAGAAAAGGUAGGGCGAAAGAGGUGGAACUGCAAAAGACUGAAGAUGCUCUCGGCCUCACGAUCACAGACAAUGGAGCCGGCUAUGCCUUCAUAAAGAGAAUAAAGGAGGGGUCCGUUAUCCACAACAUACCUCACAUACAGGUUGGUGAUCACAUAGAGAAGUUGGACGGCUUCAACAUGGUGGGAAAACGUCAUUUCGAAGUGGCCAAAUUCCUGAAAGAGAUCCCUAAAGGUUCGACGUUCACUAUUCGCCUGGUGGAGCCUUUGAAGACUGGUUUCAGCAGUAUCGCGCCCAAAAGUAGCGUGAGAUCGAACAAAAAGGGUAUAGGUAAUGGUAAGGGUACCCUAAGAUUCAAAGCUGGCGGAAAAGCUGAAAUUCAAGAACAGGACGAUAUCAUGGACGCUGGCAUCGAUAAAAUCAACUCCAUCCUGGAGAGCUUCCUGGGUAUCAACGAUUCAGAACUGGCGACACAAAUCUGGGAAUGUGCAAUCGAUAAGACAAACUCUAUGGAUUUCGCCGAUGCCAUCGAUAAUUCCGACUUGGAAGCCUUCGGUUUUUCGGAUGAUCUCAUCAUAGAGCUUUGGGGGGCCGUCACAGACGCAAGGGACGGCAGACUGACAUAAGAAAAGUGCCAAAAUGGGGGAUGAAGUGAUAGUGGAUGAAUAAAAGAGUUUGGACUUUGUUCGUUCAAGAACUCCUUUACAAAAAAAAAGUUGGAAUGAUUCGUAUAGUUGUCGAUCGAGAUAUGUUAUUUGUCUCAAUUCUUUGCUUGUUAUCUUUAUCAGUCGUUUUUUACCUAUUGAAAAAUGAACAAAGAAUAUUCCAUGCAAUAGUUGUAGUACUAUACGUAAUUAUAUGUUUUGUUACACAUUUCGAUACAGAAUAAAAUAAAGGUGUAAAUAUUCUCCAUA